CAGCGGGCGACGUAAAGUACAAAUUUACACUGUUUCCUAGAAAGCUGAAGUGGUAGCCGGCUGCAUGAGCAGUUUUUAACAUUCCCCCCUGAAGACCAAACAGACUGAAGUCCACAUUAAAUACACAAUAACCGCGCCUCCUGCUACUCCAACAUCUGCACAGCUGUCCUAUGAACGGCAGGAACCAAAUCCAGCGGACCAACCAGAAGAGAGAAUCGGAUUUUUAACACGUCGCAUUGACCAGAGGACCUCCGUGGUAAAGUCUAGCAGGAAAUCUAGCCUAUCUAAUCUUUUUGUCCCCUGGAGACAUUUAGGCUACAUUCAUCUAAAAGUUUCUUUAAAACACAAUAAUGGCUUUACCGAAAUGGGAGAGAAAGGCGCGCACAUUUCUCUGCGUUUUCGGAUUGUGUUUGUCUGUUUAUGCGCUUUACGUCGAGCAGUCCAGAGAGAGAGACCCAGAUUACAGGGCGAUGUGCGACCUGGGGGAGUCUGUGAGCUGCUCCAAAGUUUUUACUUCCAGAUGGGGACGUGGCUUUGGCUUGGUCCAGUUCUUUGUUGACAAAGAUAGCCUUCUGAACCAGCCAAACAGUUUGCUUGGCAUCAUAUUUUACACUCUUCAGAUGGGCCUUGGAAUGUUUGUGUCCAAAAAAGCAGUAGUGUUUUUGGUCUUCUCCUCCUGGGUUUCUGUAGCCGGCUCUCUUUAUCUUGCAACUAUUCUCACCUUUGUCCUGGGGGACUUCUGCAUGGUCUGCGUGUCAACAUACAUCAUCAACUUUGCCUUGCUCUUCACCAAUCUGAAACGAAGGGGAGCAAUUGAAGGAAUGAAAGUAAAAGCUGGAUAGAAAGUGCUACUCGUGAAAUUCAACACCUUCUGCUGAGCUGGAGCUGCAACUGCGCUGAGAAAGAUUUGUAGCAAAUUUUUUUCCCACAUUGUCUCUGGAUUAUUUACACCUUUUUGAUACCUUUCUAUUGAAAGUAGGACUGGGAUGCUCGUCUGAAGAGGUAGAAGAUGGAUUUAUGAGAAUGUUUGAUGAAGAAGCAGUAAUUUUUUGUAUUUUAUUGAUGUGCAUUUAGAGUUGAUUACACACUUUGUAACACUUCCUCUUGUUAGUGUGUGAUUAAAAACGAAUACAAAUA